AUGUUCAGUCUGAUAUUAAUAUUCGUAGCUGUUUCCUCGUUUAGUUACUAUUGGCACUUUCGGAGAUCGCGUCGACGUUUCUAUGAACUCGCGGCUAAGAUUCCCGGUCCCUUCGAUUGGCCCCUGAUCGGGAGCAUUCAUCUGGGAUUCGGUCAAAGUGCGACAGGUAUUUGUGAAUACAUGCUGCAGUUUCUUCAUACCGUUCCGACUCCGAUGAGGGCCUGGUUGGGUCCACAUUUGUUCAUGGUAUUCGACGAUCCGGAACAUCUAGCUGUGAUCCUGAACUCUCAGCACUGUCUUAGGAAAUCCUUCUUCUACAAAUUCUUCGGCUUGAGAGACGGACUCCUGACUGCUGAACCCCAUCUUUGGCGAAAAUUGCGUAGACAUCUGAAUCCAUCUUUCUCGCUAUCGAACCUUCAAAGCUUCAUUCCAACGUUCAAUGAAAAAUCAAAUAUUUUGGCCAAACGCUUGGAGCCUUUCCUGGACAAGGGCGAGUUCAACAUUUUACCAUUCAUGGGAGAACUUUCGCUGUCAAUCAGCACCGUCACCACCUUAGGACUAGACCUCGAUAAAGAUACCAGCGAGUGUCGGAAAAACUACAAGGAAAACGCAGAUCACCUAUUUACUCUCAGAUGGUCCCGAAUAUACAAGGCCUGGUUUCAUCUAGAUUUCAUCUAUAAGCUCAGUACCACCUGGAGGGAGGAAAAGGCCCGCUCCAAAGUGUUCGAACAAAUGUCUAAAAAGGUAAAGAUUAUUUCGGUAGUACUCAACUAUAUUUAA